CGGCACGGCCUGUGCUCCAUGAUGGAAAACCGGACACAGGUCGGGUAACGGCGCUCCGGCCCUGCCUGACCCAAAUGGAGCGCGGCUGGCGUGGCAGCAGAGUGCCGGCGGCCGCUCAGGCCUGUCACGGAGCGGGCGCAGGAGGCGCAGCCCGGGCAGCGGAGGGCUGUGCCCCUCUGCACAGGCGCCUCACUCCGGCCGGGCCCUAGAGCGCUGAUUGGCUGUUGGAGGAAUCCAGAGGCGGUGCUGAUUUGCUGCUCCCCGCAAGUCCUUCCUGCGUCCACUUCUGAUUAGCUGGUUUGCUCUAGGGGCGGGACGCCGAGUCUUAUUAGAGCCAAGUGCCCCGCGGUACCUGUGCUGCUGUGGAGUUGUGGGCGGGAGAGGAGUCUGCCGUUACCGCGGUGUGUCCAGACGGUCCUGCUCAGGUCCUGCCAUGUCUGACCCAGCUCAGCAACCGGCUUCUGCAGCCCCUGAAGGGGAAGCCCCUGGUGGGGGCCCCCCCGAGCCACCCCCCAAUCUGACCAGCAACCGUCGGCUGCAGCAGACAGAGGCCCAAGUGCAGGAGGUGGUUGAUUUAAUGCGUGUAAAUGUAGACAAGGUGCUGGAACGAGACCAGAUACUGUCACAGCUAGAUGACCGGGCUGAUGCACUUCAGGCUGGUGCCUCACAGUUUGAAAGUAGUGCAGCAAAACUCAAAAGGAAGUAUUGGUGGAAGAACUGCAAGAUGAUGAUCAUGAUGGGAGUGAUUGGUGCCAUUGUGGUGAUGGUGAUUGCAAUCUACUUUUUUACUUGAACGUAGCUCCUUCAAUCUGCCUGUCACCUUGCCUGUUUCCUUUUGUCCCUGGAUCUUUCUUUCCCUUUCACCUAGCUUCUUCAUUUCUUUCUGUAUUGGUUUUAGUUUGUCUAGAACUCUGAAGCACUCUACUUAACAUGGUUAGAUUCUUCAACAGCUGCUGCAGCUUUAGGCAGGGUCAUCUGAGUUGAGAGGAAGGGGAAGUAGAGGAAGGGCAGGUAGCUGUUGCUCCUGCUUUUCUGCAAGCAAUUUUUACAGUUUAAUUUCAUGGGAGCUUGUCAAAUGAUGCCUGGGUGAAUUCUAAGAAAAUAAGAAUGCCUUAAAACAGUGCCUUUGGGAAUGAAGGACUUGAGCAUGUGUGAUGCUUUAGUGUUCUGCCUAAAAGGAGUGGCAAGCAUGGCUUGAGCUUUUUGCUGAGCUGCUGAAAUAAAGGCAGGUUUGCGCUGCUCAGUUGCGGUGAGCCAUCUGACUAAGCUGGAUGUACUGAUGUAGAUUCCUCUAGUCAUGGAGAGGUGAGCACUUCAGUUAUUUUUUGCUGCUUGUCCUGAUUUUCAGUGGACUUGCUGUCUGAAUGUGGCCAUUUUGGUUACAUUAAAGGAGAACCUACAUGAUUACCUCAGUCAAGUGCAACAGACUAAACACAGUGAAGUGCAAGUUUUGCUGCUGUCUAAAAGGCAGUGCUGGGAGUAAAACCUCCUGCCAGAAGGAACAAAAGAACAACAGUAAGGAAUCUGGUGGGGGGGGUGCUGUCAAAUAUUCCUUUCAUCUAUGCAGACACAAGCCAGGAUCCUGUGGCUUUUUACUGUCUUGUAGCUUUCUGCAAGUCCUUGGGGGUAGUGGUGAAAUGGGAAUGUGUUUUGUGUUAGUGGGCUGAAUGUCAAAAGAAGUCUACUGCAGAGCAGAUGCAGGUGAAGGAGAUUGGAGGUAUUCCAGAUAAUCCAGUGAGUGGCUUGGUCAGUUUCAAGAAUACCUUUCCUGUUUCCAUUGCCACAAAGUCCUAACUUUCAGCAGGAGUUAGAAAAUACUUGGAAUGGUUAGCUAGAGAUUCAAAUGCUGCUCUGGGUAUGGGUAUUGCAAAGCAACAGCAGAUGUCCCAGUUUAGCUCUCUAGAGAUCGUGCCUGUCAAACUGAAAUCCUACUUGCCAUGGGCUCUCUUCAGUUUGGUGGUCUCCACUGGAAGCAAACUUGCAGUCUGGAAAGCUGUGUCUUUCUGUAAGCAAGCCCCUUGUUCUUUUCUUGUCAGAAAUAACAAGUGAUCAGCUGCUUGAAUGUGGUGCCAUACAUGAGGCUAAAUGAGCUGCCCUGCUCCUCAGUUUCUGCAGAGUUUUGAGGGAUGUGCAUCUUGGUUUGAUAUUUUUUUGU